AUGAAGUUUUUGUUAAAGGCGCUGUUAUUCCUCCUCGGUCUGCAGCUCACCAUUAGCACUCUUGUGCAGUCAGGAGGUGACGAUGAUUUCCCUUUCACAACAGUCGUUGAUCUAUUAUCACACAAUGUGGAGUUUUCAACAUUUCUACGAGUUCUCCAACGAGAAGGGCACAUACCAUUAUUAAAUAAUUUGGAUAAUUUUACGCUAUUAGCACCUGUUAAUUGGGCGUUCACUUCAGAGAUGGUGGAUAACGAGAGACUCAAUCUUGAUAACUACAUUCUGUAUGAUAUGGUUUUGGAUACUGAAGAAUCACUAGUUGGAUUACAUGUACUAGAAGGAAAUCAUAGAUUUCCCAUGUUACUAAAUCGUUCAUCACGUCUUAGUGAUACGACUAUUAAUGGAAUAUCUAUAAUUGAACCGAAUUUGAGACCUAAUUCUCAAAACGCAACGGUCCAUGGUCUUGCGGCUCUGAUAGACGACGUGCCCACUUUGGAGCAACUAAUUAUGGCUAACGAUAAGAAUUUGAGAAAUUUUAGAGGGCUCUUCAAUAGUACAAGACACUUAUAUCCAACACUUGAUGAAUUUUUCAUCAACAAAACCCUCUCCUUGCCAGAAGACUCAAACUUUGAAGAGAGUUUUAAUGAGAUAGAGUUAGAGUACCUUAUUGGCCAACCUGAAGACCAAUCCCGUGCUUGUAAUCCUCUUUCUCUUCAUGAGAAAUAUAGUGAAUGGCUGCGAGAUAAGCUAUUUCUCAUGCAGAAAUUUAUCGUACGUGGAGUGUGGGGAGGCUCGUUUAGUGCCAUGGAUUUAAUGAAUCUCAAUGAUGAUAUCCUUCAUUUCUCCUCCAAGGAAAUGGGUUCUAUCGUUCAAGUUAAUGGGUCAUCUUCUUUUGAAACCAAUUUAAUUUAUGAACAUGGCAUCGUCCACACUUUCCGCGAUUUCAAUUUCCUUCGUAAUGGACUGCAUUUCAACGCUGAAAAAUACCUUAUUGGUUUGAAAUCACAGGACUUCAUAAAGGAAAUAUACUUCAGAAAUUUACAGCACUUAAUUAAUGGUGAAGAAUUGUCCAAUCUGACAAUAUUCGUACCACGAGGCUCUACAAAUGAGGUUCCGGGAUUUUCCAAAAGUGGUCUCCUAUAUCAUUUCUCGGAAUCACACAUAAAGUUUGACGACUUUCCCGAGCAUGUAUCCAAAUCAUUCUCACGAUUUUAUGACUCUAUGUUUUGCUCCUCAAAUAAGCGACUCGGUGGUCGAUGUCAGAGAUUGAAAAUUACCAAACUGCAUACCAAUGAUCAAGAAACCUUUAUGAUCAACGACAAAUACCUUUUAAAACAACAAACCCCAUAUGAGAUAGGAAAUACUCUCAUUUAUAUGGUAGACGAUGCGCUGGACCUCCCAGGCAAUCUUCUAUCAUCGAUCAACCCGUUCCUGCAUUGUUCUAAAUCUUUGAAAUUCCUUCAAGAUCUUAACUUACUGGAUUUAAAGCCAAACAACAAGGGGUACACGAUAUUAUUACCGUGUUUCGAUUCUUGGGAAUACCUUGGGCUGGAUCUGGAAUAUUUGGAACGUAAUAUUACCGCCCUUAAUCUUCUCAUGAAAAACUAUAUUUUGAAUGGGCUUAUCUAUUCCGACAUGAUGGAUGAGACUUUAAAUACUACGACUCUAGAAGGUGAUAACAUCACAGCAGUGGUACACAGUCCUGGUAGUACAUCGGCGGAAGUUGAGCUGGAUCUUAGCACUGUCACCGAAAAUAUUACGCUGAACAAAGGGCUUGAUAUUAUAUUCGAUCAAGGAGUUAUUCACCCAUUAAACGAAGUAUUUUUUCCAGAAGUCCUCAAUAUCACCCUUCGUAACUUAGUUGAUACCACCGGAAACUUUGAUUUUCUUCUAUUUCUUGAAAGUUUUGAGAGUUUUGCCAAGAUUUUAAAUGAAAACGGACCAUAUUCUUUUUUGGUCCCAACUCCUAGAUCAUUGCUUAUGGAGGAUAUCAACCUUAAUUCAUCAAAAUUGGAGGAUUUUUUGAAAUUGCAUAUUAUUCCAAACAACUCAACAGGUGCAAUCUUAGAAUGCGGAGAAAAUAUAAGUACUAUGUUUGGAGAAGCCUUAACAUGUAGAGCAUCCUCGCCAACAACCUAUCUUUUACGCUUGAGGGAUGGCUUGGAUAAAGAAGUGAGGAUUCUGAAGAAAGGUUGCUCUUCAUCAAAUAACAAAUCAUGUGUCUUUGUUAUUGACCGACCAUUCUCUUUGGAUUGGUUAAAUCAGGAGAGGUAUCGCAUAACGCUUCCUGGUGUUGCAUUUGCGAUUGGUAUAGUUCUUGGUGCUGUUUGUAUCAUUGCAUUAUUAAUGUGUGCAUCCGUUGUAUGCAUCGGCAGACAUAAAAUGCGAAAAGCACAUGAUGACGAAAUUGAUGGAGAUGGAGAGAGAACCCCGAUGAAUAAUCCACCCCAGAACAACUCCUCAUACUCCUCAAUUGCCCGUCAGCCGCAUUUAGCGAAGGCAGCGAGAGAGCUCGGUAUUUCUCAAACAGCUACAGGCGGGCAAAACUUUGAAAACUCCUAUUCUACCAACUCUUCUACUAACCCAAUAUUAGUAUCUCAGACAUGA